CAUAGUUAUGAUCUACAUGUAUAUGAUUCUCCUGUAUGGAGCUACACGGGUGUUUCAACUACACAUUCUCCAUCUCAUUACACAAUGGAAAGCGGUUAUGAUCCUAACAGAAUUCCAGUAUCUGUGUUUGGUAAAUCAAAUCCUAAUGAUCAAUGGAGUGUUGCAUCAAAUGAAUCUUUGUUUAGUAUCCGAUUAGGGAAUGGGAGUUUCAUAACUAGGGACAUUUCUUUUGCAAUGAACAAUAAUAAUAACAAAUCCGGGGAACUUUACAAUGUUUCCAUGCCAUUGCCAACUGUUCAGGAAGUGAGUUAUGAAGAAAACAACAACAGACACUCCGUCUCGUCGGAUUCGUCGGACGGAAGUGUGGUUCUUGAUUUGGAAAAGCAUGAACAUAAAAAUGAUGAGGAAUCAAGAAAAGUUGAGACAAAAGUAUUGGACAAAACAACAAUGGAUCAUCAUAAUAAAGAAGCAAAUAAUGUCCCUAUUGUGUGUUACAGAUCCAUGGAGAGCGGUCGUUCGUUUCAGUUUCCGAUAUUAACAAAUAAUGGAAAAAGAAUAAGUUCUUCAACAGUAGAAUCAGAAAUGCAUGAAAAAACUGAAAACCAACAACAGCAGCCAGAGAAAUCAUCGUCGCCGCCGCCUCCUCCUCCUCCAAAAGCUAAAAAGGCAUCAAAACAAGGUGGAAGAUAUUGCUGUUUUUGCUUCUCAUGUUUCUGACAGAUGAUAAGUCUUCAAAAUGAUGUUGAAACAGAAAAACAUUAAAUGACUCUGCCCCUGUUUAAGAGUGCAAAUGCAAUGCUUGAUUUUGAUGGUAAGUGUCUUAAAACAACAGCAAUAAGAGAUUAAGAUUGAGAAAAGAUAGAAAAAAAAAUGAUUGUUUGGGAGGUAGAAAAUUGAACAAAUUUUGUACUAAACAAAAGUAUUUGGUCUAUUUCUUUGUUUGUAUUAUGAAUCUAGAAACUACGAUUGAGACAAAAAAAAAAAAAAUUGUAUCUCCAAUGUUUCGCCUCUGAACAAGUUUUUGAAGAGGCAGAAAAUUGAACAAGUUUUGUAUCAAAACAAAAAUAUUUUGUUUGCUUCUCUUCUCAGUCUUUCUAUUAUCAGAAUCUCUGUAUUUAUGUUUUAACACACUUACCAAGAUUUCAAAAUGAUGGAGGAUGAAGAUCAAGGAAGAGAAUCUGAUUAUCCUGCCAAGCUUUACAU